AUGGAGUCCACCUCAUUCGUAUCCCACAUUCCUUCACCGCACUUGACCGGAAACGUGCUGAUCAACGAACCAUUUCACUUCCCGCCCUAUAAGAGACAUGGAGAUCAAACUAUCCCCACUUCACAAUACAUUCUGUUUCUUGUGCUUACUCUGCUUUUGAAGGACAUGGAUUGCGUGUACAAGAAUCCCAAUGAACCCAUUGAAGCUCGUGUCAAGGACCUUCUUUCCCGAAUGACUCUCAAGGAGAAGAUUGGUCAGAUGACCCAAAUCGAGCGUCGCGUUGCAACCCCUUCCGCCAUUAGAGACUUGUCCAUUGGGAGCAUGCUCAGUUGUGGAGGUAGUGGUCCUUUUGAAAAUGCAAUGGCGUCGGAUUGGGCUGAUAUGAUAGAUGGCUUUCAAAAAUCAGCUCUCGAGUCCCGAUUAGGCAUACCGCUCAUAUAUGGGAUCGAUGCAGUUCAUGGUAACAAUAGUAUAUACGGUUCCACUAUAUAUCCUCACAAUAUUGGCCUCGGAGCAACUAGGGAUGCAGAGUUAGCUCAAAGAAUUGGGGCUGCAACAGCACUUGAAAUUAGAGCAAGUGGAAUUCACUAUGCCUUUGCUCCUUGUGUUGCAGUCUGCAAAGAUCCCAGGUGGGGAAGAUUCUAUGAGAGUUAUAGCGAAGAUACUGAGAUAGUCAGAAAGAUGAGCUCCAUAGUUUCAGGUUUGCAGGGCCAGCCUCCAACAGGACAUCAACAUGGUUAUCCUUUCGUGGCUGGAAGGAACAAGGUCAUUGCUUGCGCCAAGCACUUUGUUGGAGAUGGGGGCACUGAGAAAGGCAAAAAUGAAGGAAAUACAGUAUUAUCAUAUGAAGAGUUAGAAAGAAUCCACAUGGCUCCUUAUUUGGACUGCAUUUCACAGGGUGUUUCAACCAUUAUGGUUUCUUAUUCUAGUUGGAAUGGAUGCAAACUCCAUUCUCACUAUCACCUUAUUACUGAAAUUUUGAAAGAGAAGCUAGGUUUUAAGGGUAUUGUAAUUUCUGACUGGAUGGGAAUUGAUAAGAUUCGUGAACCUCGUGGGUCUGAUUACCGAAACUGCAUAAUGUCAGCUGUUAAUGCUGGAAUUGACAUGGUCAUGGUGCCUUACAGAUUUGAGCUGUUAAUGGAAGAACUGACCUCCCUUGUAGAAUCAGGGGAAGUACCAAUAGCCAGAAUUGAUGAUGCUGUUGAGAGAAUACUGAGAGUGAAAUUCGCUUCUGGCAUUUUUGAAUCUCCUUUAUCUGAUAGAUCUUUGCUGGAUAUGGUUGGUUGCAAGCAACAUAGAGAACUUGCACGGGAAGCAGUUCGAAAGUCCUUGGUUCUGUUGAAGAAUGGAAAGGAUCAAAGCAGACCUUUUCUUCCAUUAAAUAGACAAGCCAAGAGGAUUCUUGUAGCCGGAAGCCAUGCAGACGAUCUGGGCUAUCAGUGUGGAGGCUGGACUAAAAAUUGGCAAGGACUUAGUGGACGAGUUACCAUCGGGACAACACUUUUGGAUGCCAUCAAGGAAGCUGUAGGAGAUGAAACAGAAAUUAUUUAUGAGGAAAAUCCAUCAAAAGAGACCCUAGAACGCAAUGACAUAUCUUUUGCCAUUGUAGCUGUUGGUGAAAAACCCUAUGCAGAGAAGUUUGGUGACAAUUCUGAGCUUGUGAUCCCUUUAAAUGGACCUCGCAUUAUAAGUUCAGUUGCAGACAAAAUCCCAACACUGGUUAUUCUGAUAUCUGGAAGACCUUUAGUGUUAGAGCCAUGGCUGUUAGAGAAGAUUGAUGCUCUUGUUGCUGCUUGGUUUCCUGGUACUGAAGCUCAGGGAAUUACAGACGUUAUCUUUGGGGAUCAUGACUUUAAAGGACAGCUUCCUAUGGCUUGGUUUCGAAGGGUUAAGGAUCUUGAUCAACCAACUGAGGGGGUUAGACUACAUGAUCCCUUAUUUCCCCUUGGUUUUGGGUUGACAUAUACUGAGGAUUAAAACCUCAUUUUGGCCAGACUGUGAAUCUUUUGCAAUCAUAUAGUUAUGCAUUAGUGUAAGACAAUGUAUAAAGUGAGAAUGCUGUAGGUUGGCGAGGUGGGUUAGAAAAAGUUUGCCUCAAAAUAGAUUGGCAUUUUGUCAAUUCAAUCCGUCACUUCUUGAGGUGAACAAAUUGAGCCCACAUACUACUUCAAACUUAUUCCCGUUCCCCUUUAUCUCCUUGUUGCACUAUUAAUGCUUGUUGUUAUGACUGUUUAGAUAUAAAUAAGUUCUUGAUAAUUAUUCAAUUGCACAAGUGCCAAUUGACUGCAUCAAA